UUCUUAUCCUGAGAAUGAGCGUGGAAAAGCCUCCAGCCAGAGAUCUUUCCUACGAGAACAUAGAGAAUGGCUACCUGCGACUGCGAACGAAGCCUUCAGCUCGAAUGGCUUACUCAUUCAUCCCCUCUGCAACAACACAUCCGCGCCGACCGGAGCCACUUCUCGUUUUCCUCAGCGGGGUAGACAAUGCCAAGCAUGUUUGGCAAAGAACAUUGAACAAAAUGUUUGAAUUCGCCUGCGCUAUUUCGAUAGAACUCCCGCCGAUGCUGUUCUAUGAUCGCUUUGGUACUGGUCAAAGCGACCCAGAUCCCACGGACGCGGGGAAGCAACCGGAAGACUAUCACGAUGCAAACGAUGCGGUGGCUGAUUUAUAUCAGCUUAUACUUCAGGUUGUGCAAGACAAAUACCAUCAAAAGGGUGCGUCGCCACACGUGCUUCCCCCCAUAGUCUUCUGCGCACAUUCCUUUGGUGUUUGUCUUGCUCGCAUUUUCUCUGCCACGUAUCCCGGCGUCGUCGAAGGCCUGAUGAUUCUGGAUUCCGCGAUCGCUACCAUUCCCGCAGAGAAGUUCUUCCCCAACCCGGACGAUCCUGCCUCUUGGAAGAGUCGCAAAGAUGGGACCAGCGUCUGGAGUCGGAACGGCUUUCCAGCGGAUGGGUUUUCCGAGGACAUAUGUCGAGAUGCCAUCCAGAAGAUUAGAUCAUCACCGAUAAGUGGCUAUGCAAUGGCGUCCAAUGAGCGCAUUCGAUGGGACAACAUGCCGCGAUUGCUUCCAUAUAAUGACAAGCCGAAAUUACAAGGUCCUACACCGAGCUUGCCACUCGUGACAGUAAUCAACAACGACCCAGACGUAGUGGGUCCAAAUCUCGCAAGGACGUUGAAGAUUCCUGAACCACUGAUACGCUAUGCAUGUCUGCCAAUAUUCCGAGACUACGCGAGCAAGCUGCACCAUAUCCAACCUAAAGGAGAAGGAAAGACGAUUAUCGCCCAUGGAGCUGGCCACAUGAUUCAUGUUGACUGCCCGGAAUUAGUCGCGCGUGAACUGAUCGAACUAAUAGCUAAUUCCUCGCAAAUCGUGGAAAAAUCCAGAAUUUGACGCUUUCGAGAGGAGCAUUGUCCACUGCAGAGAUUUGCACUAAGUUGGCCUGGACGGACAGUUCAGCGGUCAAGUCACGUAGGCAGACAAACAGGGCUAACUUUGUUAAGUUAGAAGUGCGGGCCCCAAGCUGUUGACAACGGGACAUUCUGACAUUUACUUCUGGAGCCGCUUUCUGCAAUACGGUAGAACAUCUUCACUUGAUCUCUCCAGUCGGAAGAUCAACAGUAACCCCUAUUUCAAGGAACGCGUUCGGCUCAUGCGCAUCGUUACCAACGCUCUUUGCAGUGUGGCAACAGUGCAAGAAUAGGACAAUGCUCCAGUGAUGGUGGAUGUCGACAUGCUUAAGCUUGAAUCGAGCAAGGGCACGACUGAAAGCGACAGCGAUAGCGAUAGUGAUAGCGAUGGCAUGCAAGUAUAGAAUAAUUGAAAGGCAGUCCAAUCGAUUGAUCUAUAGUAAGGCUACAAUAGAUCAAGAUCGCUAAGACUGAGGGGGUGUGUCGCAAGUCACGUAAGCAUGACUCAGCAGAUAUAUUAGCUUAUCUAUAAGCUGCUUCAGGAUUAAAACCUAACAACAAUCCAAU